AUGUAUUUUAAUGGUCACAUUAAAGAUUGCGUUUAUGUAGACGUUGACGUUCAUGGUGAUGCUUACAUUGACGUUGAUGUUCAAGCUGACAUUUAUAUUGACAUCCAAAUUCACAUGUACAUUGAUAUUCACAUUAAUGUUUACGUUAACGUUGACCUUCACAUUCACAUUGAUAUUGACAUUCAAGUGGAUACUCACGCUGAUAGUGAUGGUGAUGUUGGUGUUGAGGUUUUCUUUUAUGUUGACAUUUACGUGGAUGUUGACAUUCACGUCGUCAUUGCUGUUACCAUUCACUUCAACAUUCACGUUCACGUUGACGUUUAUGCACACAUUAACAUUGAUUUUUACGCUGAUGUUUAUGUUAAUGUUCAAGUUGACAUUUACGUUUACGUUGUCAUUGAAGUUCACGUUUACGUUGAAGUUCACAUUAACUUUAAUGUUCACUUUGAUGUUGACGUUUACAUUGACAUUGCUGUGCAUAUUGAAAUUCACAAUGACGUUUAUAUUGUCGUUGUCAUUCACAUUGAUGUUCAUAGUGACACAGAUGUUUACGUUGAUGUUCAAGUACAGGUGCAUAUUGGCAUUCACAUUGAAGUUCAUGUUUAUAUUGACGUUAACAUUCGUGUUGAUGCUUAUGUUGACAUUGACGUUCAAACUGAUGUUUGGGUUGCUGUUGAUGUUCACGUUUACUUUGACACUUAUGUGGAUGUUCACCUUGACAUUCACUUUGACGUGUACGUUGAUGUGUACGUUGGUGUUUACAUUAACAUUGACAUUCACGUUGUUAUUAUUGUUGACGUUAAAGCUGAUACUUUGGUUGAUAUUGACUUUGAUAUUGACGUUCAAGUUGACAUUCACAUUGAUAUUUACGUUGAAGAUCAUGUUGACAUUCACCUUGACGUACACAUUGAAGUUUCAAUGAUGUUUGACGUUCACCUUGACAUUAACAAUGAAGUUCACAAUUACGUUGACGUUUACAUUAAUGUUAACGUUCACGUUGAAGUUCAUGUAGACAUUCAAGUUGAUGUUAAUAUUGAUGUUUACAUUGGCGUUGACGUUCAUGUUGAGAUUUACAUUCACAUUAACAUUGUUAUUGACGUUGAAGUUCAUAGUCACAUCGAUAUUAACAUUGAUGUUCACAUAAACGUUUACAUGAACAUUCAUGUAGAUGUUCACGUGUACAUUCACGUUGACGUUCACGUGCACAUUCAUGUUGACAUUCUCAUUCAGGUUGACGUUCACAUAGAUGUUGAAGUUGACGUUCAUGUUUACGCUGAUAUUUAG